AUGAUCCUGCAGAGAAUAUUGAAAAAAGUAGCAAUAGGGCUUGCUACGCUGGCUUAUUUAAAAAAGGCUAGUUGUAAUAGAGGAGAAAACAUGAUAGUGAUAAAAAAUUAUUGGAAUAAAAGAUUAAGCUCUAUGAAAUUAGAGAUCCAAAUUCGUAAAGACUUUCUUGAUGAAGCUGAGUCAUUUAAAUGUAAAGAAAUAACAUCUGAAACUCUCAGCAAUUAUUUAGAAGUAGGAAAAAAGAAUCUAUCCAACAUAGAAGAAAAAUUAGCAGCGCUUAAUCCAACUAUACAAGAAAUAAUAGAAAAAACAGACUAUCUACGAUGUUUCGACUCUAUUUUUAAUUUUAAUGAGGAAAUGCCCAAACCACAUGAUAAUCUAAGGCAUUUACUUCUAACGGCUCUUAAUAAAGUUGAUUCAGUAAGAGAAAAAAUAAAAAUAUUUGAUUCUCAUAUGCUGGAAGUAAUAGAAGAGUACAGCAGUAAAUCAAAAAACAAAAAUAGAAAAGUACACGAGCUUACACUGUUUAAGCUAGCAAAGAGCGAUAAAACUACUGCUCUGAAUAUGAUAUAUACUCUUUUUAGAAUAGAGCCAUACAAACAAAAUGGUGUAAAAGAAGAUAAAAUACGUGCUAUCCUUGGAAAAGCCUAUUGCUACAUCUUUGAUUUUAUUAGAAAUUUUUGUAAUUAUAGUGAACUUAUAAAAAUUGAUGCAAAUAAAGGUGAAGUAGAUCUAUUGGCAUUGGCAGAUAAGCAUCUUCCCAUGCUAUUUAGUACAUCUGCAGUUGAUAGAGAUUUAGUAGAUAUUUAUCUCAGCCUACUAAAGGAGGAUCUUUCUAAACAAGAAAUAAAUCAGCAUGCAAAUAUAACACCUGAACAGGUUAUAAAGCUGAUAAUGAUAGAGUUUCAAAUGACAGGAUGUCUUACAGACUACAGAAAAAAUAAUUUGUUUUCGAAUCUUGGGAAAGUAAUAGUGAACAUAGGAAGACCAACCGGUGGUAGUAUAAAUACUCAGAAAGACAUGCAAAUAGCAAGAAACAGACAAGAUAAAAUACUUGAUGUUCUGCAUACUUUAUGGAGUAGUUAUAGUAAAAUUAGAACUUCUAUAAACUACGAAGAUUUUAUAGAUUUCUGUGAAAAGAAUGAUAUAUCAAUUUUUAACCUCAAAACUAUACUGGAUAAUUUUGAGUCUGCUAGAUGGAUGUACAAGCUGAAUAUAGCUAGUCCAUCAGCAGAAGAGCUAGCAAAGGAUCGAACACUGCUCAACAGGAUGUGUUUUGACAUGUCUUAUAUUCAUCCUAUGUUUUAUAUUUAUCAGCGAUUCGAAGAUAAGAGUUAUUUAGUCGAGAAAAAUCCUGCAUCUAAUGAAAAUCCUUUUAGUUUUGAAAAUUCUGAAUGUAAUUUUCUUAGACCAUAUAAAAUAAGUGAAAAAGAUGAUGAUUUAGUAAAAGUAGAGAAUAUAAAAAACUGCAUUAGAGCAUGGUUCUUAGUAAAAAAUAUUACAAUUUUCAGCAGAACAGAAGAUGUUGAAGAAUAUAAAAAUAUAACUGACGAUUUUAAAGAACACUUGGAAAAAUCGCCUUAUAUAAAAGAAGCAGAAAUAUAUAUAACAACUGAGAAGAAGACAGAUAAAAAUAAAGUCAGCAUAGAAAAUCCUUCGCAUAGUAGCUAA